AAAAGUCGAGAGUCGUUCUCAUACAAAACGAAUUUGCAAAGUGAUAUUAUUUACUGAAAAUAAUUACUUAUUUAGAAAAAAUGUUGUCAUUACCAUUAGAAAUCAUUUGAACCAUGCUGGAUUUAUUACCACCGAUGCGCCGCCCGUACUAAUGACAUUGGCUCCAUCACAGGCAAUCAAUAACAUGUGGGAUGACAAAAUUCGCUCGUCUAUCAAUGAAAAUGCACUUGAAAAGUGCAUGUCCCUCGGCAAUUUCUGACAAACGACCGGAGUGCCAGAUGAGUUAGAAGUCAGCAGCGGGCACAGGACGGGUCCACUAAUAAAAUCGCAACGCAAUGAUGACAAAUAGAUUCGCUUGCUGCGCCUUCGCAUUGAUGACCGUCUAUCUACUGGCAAUCUCGAGGACCGAUGCUGCACCCAUGCCCAGGUAUCAAAGUGCCAACGGCGGCUAUGGCGCCUACAACGAGCUCGAAGAGGUGCCGGACGACCUUUUGAUGGAGCUGAUGACACGCUUCGGUCGCACUAUAAUACGAGCACGUAACGAUUUGGAAAACUCGAAGCGCACCGUGGACUUUGGAUUGGCGCGCGGAUAUUCCGGCACUCAGGAGGCAAAACAUCGCAUGGGCCUGGCUGCAGCCAACUUUCCCGGCGGACCAGGUCGAAGGCGACGAUCCGAGACCGAUGCUUAAAUGGGCGAUGACUAUGACCACGAUAAUUUCUGACUAAAAAAACGAAUUCCUUAAAAGCUACAAGAAAUUAACAACGGAUAUUGUUACGAUUUCCACUGACUUUAUUCUAAUGUGAAAUUAAAGGCGUUUGCCAAAACUUUUUGCAAUCAGUUUAACUAAAACCCAUUCAAUUACGUUACUAUUGAUACUUCCUAUAACGCAUUGUAUAUACAUAUUAAUUGGAAUUUCUAUGUAUCACAUACAUACAAGUGAGGUGUGCUAUAUCCGAUUAUACGCGUUUUAGUUUUAAAACAUUUGAAAAAGCGUUAAAUUGUUGCUCCACUGUUGAAUGAAUUUAUGCACGCUCAAUCUUUAAGUAUUAAGAUCAUAAUCCACUCUCGCUCUCUCGCUCGUCUUAAUGCCUAAAUACAAAUAUAACCUAUUUAGUAAAAUGUAGAAACAAGUACAAUACAAGCUAUAACAAAAUUGAACUGUAAUUAAACUCGCGCAAAAAAUCUUUUAAUAGGUAUGCCUUAGUCUUAACACACAACAUAUGUAUACACACCCACAUAUAUACAUAUAUAUAACUAUAUCUGUAUCUAUAUAUAUGUAAGUAUGCACAUGAUAGUUGCCAUAGGCAACAUAUUUGCUGGAUCCCAAGUCAAAGAAGUGCAAGUUAGUUUCCCGCUUACAAGUUGAGUUAAUAAGUAUAUGAGAAAUAAAAAAUAUUUUAUUGUGUCACUUGAAAAUCUCGUUUUAUAUUUUGAUCAUGAGCUAACCUACCAUUUAUAAUUAUGUACGAACUGUUUUGGGCUUGAACAAAUUUAACCGAACCAACAACUUUGAACUUCUUUAGCCAUUUGCUGCAGCUUGGAAGCACUUCCUGUAGAUAGAUUUAAGAGUUUGCGACGCAUGCAUCAAAUAUCUAAGAACGUACGCUUGCAUAUGUACUUAUAUAU